AGCCGGAGGCUGGAGCAUUGGAGCAUCUUUAGACAUCUGGCGUGAAGAAAUCAGGCAGCUGCGCGUGUGUUAAGGAAGACAAGGGGAGCUCGAGGGGGUUUUGUUUAUCCAGGGGACUGGAAGUGAUGCAUUUCAAUUAGUGUCUGAUGUGAGGGGGAAAGGAGCUUUAAGAAGGCAAGCAUUCUGAUUAAAAUUCAGCCUAACAGAGGACAGAUGAAAGUGGCUGCAACUAUGAUAACUACCUUGCUUUGCAACAUGAUAUUUCUGCUGGCGUUUGGAUUGGCUUCAGCUUUUAGCCACAGCCCGAGGACACCUGACAGGGUUACUGAAGCAGAUAUUCAGAGGCUCCUCCAUGGGGUUAUGGAGCAAUUGGGCAUUGCCAGACCCCGGGUAGAAUAUCCAGCACAUCAGGCUACGAAUCUUGUUGGUCCACAGAGCAUUGAAGGUGGUGCACAUGAGGGUCUCCAGCACUUGGGUCCUUAUGGCAAUAUCCCAAACAUCGUGGCUGAGCUGACAGGAGAUAACGUACCAAAGGAUUUCAGUGAAGACCAAGGAUAUCCUGACCCUCCAAAUCCCUGCCCUAUUGGAAAAACAGUUGAUGAUGGGUGUCUAGAAAACACCCCAGACACAGCAGAGUUCAGCAGGGAAUACCAACUGCACCAACACCUUUUUGAUCCAGAGCAUGACUAUCCCAACAGGGGCAAGUGGAGCAAGAGUUUACUCUUUGAGAAAAUCAAUGGUGGUCCAAAAAGAAGAAAGAGGAGUGUGAACCCGUAUCUGCAAGGACAGCGACUGGAUAAUGUUGUAGCAAAGAAGUCUGUUCCACAAUUUUCAGAUGAAGACAAAGGUCCUAAAUAAGUACAAUAAAAAUGAAAGAUAAAAACUCAUGCCAUCCUCUUCGAGACCAUGAUAUUGCUUAUAUAUAAUCAUCUAUUAAAAUCCUUGUGAAUGGCAGCAUGCUUGUUAUUUAUAUAAUUGUAGAUGAAAACCAGCUGUAUUUAUAACAGCAUGUUCUCCUAGAUGAUAAAAGUAUGGUUCUGCUUUUUGUUAAGUUAUGGUAAAAGGACAUUUCUGUUGUUUUAAUUUUAGUCAUGGAGCAAACUUUAAAAAUGUUAGUCAUUUUGAUAGCUUAUGUGAGGUAAAUGGUCUUAAUGAGAAGCUUGUAAAUAGGAAGAUGAAAAAAAAAUGCCAAGUCUGACUCCAACAUUUAAUCUUAAAUGUUACUAUGUUUGACACAUGAAAAUUACAGUUUUAUGUUUUGUUCACAAAUAUUGUUACUUAGCAAAGACAAAGUAUUUAUUUUACACAGAGAAUUUUGGCUUUUGGUCCAUUUUAAUAAACAUUUAAGCAAUCUACAAGAUUUGCAAAGUGACAUUUUCCAAAAUAUUUCAGAGGCUCAUUUGUCUCUGUUAUUGCUGUGCAAAUGUAAAAAUUAAAGAACUGCUUUUUGACUAUAUUCACUGGAAUAUUUUUUCUUUUAGUUUUAAUCAUUCCAUGCCCAGAGCUUUCCUGAACACUUGUGAACAUCUUCCCUUGUCAAUGGAACUGUUAUGUGAAAAUUAAUCAGUCCUGCUGUUCUUUGUCUCAGUAACUGCAGCAUUUGUGCAUUAUAGUGUUGUUAAAUUAAAAGUAAAGAUGGAGACAUUUGUCUGUGUUAAUAAGGUUGUGUCAACAACCUCCAAAUCUAAGUCCAGGAUAUGAAGGUCAUUACAGUUGAUCUUCUGAAAAAAUAUGUUCCUCUAAUAACACUGGUAGCUGUCAUUGCUCUUGAAGUUGUUCUGGGAAGCUUAAAUUGCCUUCUUGCCCCUAGGAUAUCAAAGAACUUUAUAUUCCAGGCUUCUCCCUUUCUAAAAGAUGAGGAUACACCUGAAUAUUUCAAGCCAUGUGAAUGGACCACUGGAAUUAUGGAAAACAGCAUUAGCUUAUAGCUAAUAUUACAAAUCUGUAGGGGAAAAAAAAGUAGUUUCCCAUCCUGUAGAAAGACACAAUAAAAUAAUGAUGGUCUCUUAGAAAAAAAGUAAAAAACAGAUAAGAAAUUAAGGUUCCUAGCUACAUAAAAUUAAAUUUAACAGGAUGGCACAGAUAUGACUGUUAAUGGCAUUUGCUUUUUCAGUCUCACCACUUAGUAAUUUGUAGUAAAUUAUGUAUGUAGAGAACUGGCUCUCUCAUGCCAUUUAUGAGUGGAUUGCAAAAUUCUAAUAUUUUGGAAUGGACUAUCAUGUCCUUCAUCAUAUUUCC